AAUUGGCCAAAGUAAUCAGUUAAUUGUGGGACAUACAACGUAAAGGUUGUAAAGCGCGGCUAACGGUAUCGAGAGCACCUUGUGUGGAAUACAAAAGCAAAAGAAGUCAUGUUCAUGUAAAUGAAUUUUUCUUUCACUUGAAAUGAAACGACCUUAACAAAAUAAUGACAAAUAUGGCAAAGUGAAUGAACGACCAAAUUAUAAAAAAGAAUGAAUUUUAAAACGAAUAAAAAUCUGAGUGAAUGAAAAUAAAAAGAAUAAUCGAAAAAACCAUAAAGGGAAAGUUUAACGGAAGAAUAUAGCAAAACAACUCAAGUGGAGUUGUUGAAAAUUCUUAAAGAAAGGAAACGAAGCAAGUCAAGUGCUUACAAUACCAAAAAAAAAAACGAAAAUUAAUUAAACCACCUCACAUCAGACGUCGCAAACGUCAUUGUGUGUAGAAUAACAAAAAAAAAAUUCUUGUGUUGUUCCGAGUUGGUGUUCUAUGUGUCAGUGGUUCUUUGUUGUUAACCGGACACAGCCGACUUGUGUGACUGAUGUAAACAAAAGACUUAAGACACAAACUUGAAAGUGCAUUUUCCCAGUCUUGGGCGAAUAAUGAAAUAAAAACAAAAGCAAACAAAACUACUACAACUCCAUAUCAUUAAUGUUGCUUUGCGUAAUUAAGGCCAUUUCGUUGUGAGUACAUAUUUUCUUUCGCGCGCGUUUUCCAACCCACCUCUUGAACCAAACACCGGCUAUUCUGAGUGUUAAUUAGUAACAGCAAAAAUAUAUAUACCCAAAACAAAGUCUUAGACUCUAACUAUUGUUGCCAUAAUUGGAUUAAAUAUUUCCUUUGGUGUUUAUUUCCUUUUCGGAUCAGUCGAAAACGUCAACGGAAACUGUAACAACAACAGCGACAGUAGCAGCAAACAUUUAAUCCAAGUCAUUAACUGAAAAAUAAACAGCCAUUGCCACUUGUACCAGAUUUUAUUUUAACAAAAUGAUUUUAAGAAUAUUCCUUUUAACAACGGCUCUGCUGGCACCCUGCCUCAUCAAUGCCCAAUUUCAUCAUUUCGGUGAAGCCAUCAAUACCUCACCUUUGGGUGCUGAAUGUGCUCUGAUUUUGGCCGGACCAGGCCGAUCAUCGGUAUAUGACUACAGUGUAAAUUUAUUCCGUGGAUCACUAAAUCCUUAUGGAAAUGGCGAUUCAACUUGUAUAACAUAUGAUGCUGUAAAUGCUGCCUAUUUGGAUGCCCGCAAGAGAAUACAUGUUUCCCAGCCCAAAGGCGAUUGGAAGGCUGAAGACAUUGCCACCGUUGGCGAACUGUUGCUGGAUAUUUCCAUACAAUUGGCCAGAACUUAUGGCUUGUCAUAUGAAGAAAUUGAAAAGGGUCUGCCCACCAUCGACACCUCCAAGACGUUGAUCCGCGAAGUGUGCCCGCCCUUCUUCUCCGGCGUUGAGUGCCGCCCAGGUAAGUACAGACGUUUCGAUGGUUUGUGCAACAACAUUGAACAUCCCACAUGGGGUGCUGCCAUGGCACCGUUUCAACGUCUGAUUGGUCCCCUCUAUGCCGAUGGUAUCAAUGCUCCACGUAUUUCGGUGACUGGUCGCGAUUUGCCCUUCUCACGUGUUGUGUCGCGCACCAUGCAUCCCGAUGAUGGUUAUCACGAUCAUGCUGGCACUGUAAUGGUCAUUGCUUGGGGUCAAUUUAUGGAUCACGAUUUCACGCUCACCGGCACUCCCUUGGAUCCCAUCAAUCGCAACGAUCCCGAGGAGUGUUGCAAACGUCCGCUGCAUUUGAAGCAUCCCUAUUGUAAUGAGAUCCGUGUGCCCGAUGAUGAUUAUUUCUAUCGCCUGUUCAAUGUUAAGUGCAUUGAUUUUGUACGUGGUUUCCCUUCACCUAGACCUGGCUGUCGUUUGGGUUCCCGCCAACAAUUCAACACGCUGACUGGUGUCAUUGAUGCCAAUACCGUUUAUGGUGUUAAUGAGAAAUUCGCUCGCAAGCUGCGUACUGGCUAUGGUGGUCUAUUGCGUAUGAAUCCCGUUUUCCAGGAAUAUGGCUUGAAAGAUUUGUUGCCCCUGAAAUUGGACAUUCCAGAUGAAGGUUGUACUCGUCCUAACAAGAGUAUGUUCUGUUUUGAGGCUGGUGAAAUUCGUGUCAAUGAACAAUUGGUUUUGACCUGCAUGCACACCCUUAUGGCAAGAGAACAUAAUCGCAUCGCUACCGGCCUAUCGCAAAUCAACAAACAUUGGGAUGAUGAAACUUUGUUCCAGGAGGCUAGAAGAAUUAACAUUGCCAUUGUUCAGCAUGUGACCUAUAAUGAAUUCUUGCCAAUUUUGUUGGGCAAGGAGGUGAUGGAGAAAUUCGGUUUGGUAUUGCAAAAGGAUGGCUAUUGGGAUGGCUAUGAUCCGAAGGUCAAUCCCGGUAUCAUUGAUUCAUUUGCUGGUGCUGCAUUCCGUUUUGGCCACUCGCUUCUGCCAACGGCUGUUGAACGUUGGUCCAAGGCCCACAAGUUUAUUGCCUCGAAACGGUUGUCCGAUUUGAUUAGACGUCCCUAUGAUUUGUACAGGGCUGGUGUUUUGGAUGAAUACUUUAUGGGUCUGAUGAACCAGGUGGCCCAGGCUAUGGAUGACUCAAUUACCCAAGAGGUUACCAAUCAUUUGUUCAAGAAAGAAGGUGCUAGAUUCGGUAUGGACUUGGUGUCGUUUAACAUGCAACGUGGUCGUGAAUUCGGUAUACCCGGCUAUAUGGAAUUCCGUAAAUUCUGUGGUCUACCCACCUCCAAUACAUGGGACGAGAUGUUUGGCUCCAUGCCCAACGAUACCAUUUUGAGAUAUCAAAGUAUAUUUGAACACCCUGCUGAUAUUGAUUUGUGGUCUGGUGGUGUGUCCGAAAAAUCAUUGCCCGGUUCUAUGUUGGGUCCCACCUUCGCCUGUGUCAUUGCCACCCAGAUGAGCUAUUUGAGACGUGGUGAUCGUUUCUGGUAUGAAUUGCCAAAUCAGCCAUCCUCCUUUACUCCCGAACAAUUGCAAGAAAUCCGCAAGGCCAAAUUGUCGCGUUUGAUUUGUGACAAUACGGAUUUGAUCGAUACAGUACAAAUAUAUCCCAUGGUAUUGCCUGAUCAUGAAAUCAAUCCUCGUGUACCCUGCAAGAGCGGUGUUAUACCCUCAAUUGAUUUGACCAAAUGGGCCGAUUAUGCUAGUCCUGAUAUAGCUUCUCCAGUUUUUAACUACAUCAAUGAAAUUCCCGAUACUUUGCUGAAUUUCCGCAAAAAAUAAACGAAAACGGUCAGGUUUUUGAUGCACGCCCUGCGUUUUUCUUUUCAGUCUCAGUUAAAUAAUAAUGUCUAAAGUACCCCUCCCCCGCUCAAAACUUUCCAACAAAAUACUCAAGGAUCAUUCUACAAUAACGUAUUAAGAUUUGCUGUUACUUUCUAAUUUUCUCUCAUUUUGUUGCCUCUCACAAUGUAUCCAUCUAUUCUAAGUCAUUUUUUAUAUGUCUCCUUUCCUCCCACUUGUUUUUGUUUUCCUUCGUACAAUAUUCAAAAACGUCUUGUUUUGUAUGUGCUUUGUUGCAUUUAGUUUCCAUUACAAGUCCAAACGAGACUUUCUAAUUUAUUAUAAUUAUUGUUCUUUUGUUAAUUUUGUUUCGCACAUCCAUCUUUUGUUUUUGUCCAUUUUUUGUUUUUAAUGACAUUUGUAAAAUCAUAUUAUUUUGUUUAAUUUUUUAUAUAUCUUUGUGUACAUAUUAUUUUUAAAUAGAAAAAAUUUAUUAAGUAUUUUUCAUUGCAAUCAUCCUCCUCCUUUUUUUUGUUUAUUUUUUUUAUAUAUAACAACAACAAAUAUUAUAUACAUCAAAAUCAAACUGCAAAAACGAUCAUUUAUAUACAUAUACAACAUUGCUCAG